AUGAGGAGAAUCAGUUCGUCCCUGAUUUCGCAGCGUCUGGCCACCACCGCCAUCACCUCCACGCGUGCCUCUGUCCGCACUCUCCGCUCCACCCAUUCCGAGGCGUCCCGUCCUGCCGUGACCACCCUCAGCGAGGAUGAGGAGAUGCUCCGAAGCUCUGUCGAGCAGUUCGCGAGGGAGCGCAUCGGCCCCAAGGUCAGGAGCAUGGACGAGAAGAGCGAGCUCGAGCCUGCGCUUGUCAAGGAGUGCUUCGAGCAGGGUCUGAUGGGCAUCGAGAUCCCGCAGCAGUACGGUGGCGGCGGCAUGUCCUUCAUGUCCGCCAUCCUCGCUAUCGAGGAAGUGGCCAAGGUCGACGGCUCGGUGUCCGUCUUCAUGGACAACACGCUGGUCAACAACGCGGUCAUCCGCUGGGGAACUGAGAAGCAGAAGGAGCAGUGGCUGCCCCGUCUGGCCCAGGACACCGUCGGCUCGUUCUGCCUCUCCGAGUGGAGCUGUGGUUCGGAUGCCUUCGCCCUCAAGGCGACCGCCAAGAAGGACGGCGACGGCUACCUGCUCAACGGCACCAAGGCUUGGAUCACCAACUCCAAGGAGGCUGGUCUGUUCCUCGUCAUGGCCACUGUGGAUCCCUCGGCCGGUCACAGGGGAAUCACCACUUUCCUCAUCGACAAGAACACUCCGGGUAUCAGCAUCGGCAAGAAGGAGGACAAGCUGGGCAUUCGGGCGUCGUCGACGUGCGAGGUGGUCCUGGAGAACUGCCGAGUGCCGGCGAGCCAAGUGCUGGGCGAGGUGGGCAAGGGCUACAAGAUCGCCAUCGAGACGCUCAACGAGGGCCGCAUUGGCAUUGGCGCGCAAAUGCUGGGCGUUGCCGAGGGUUGCUUCGACCACACCAUGAAGUACAUCAACGAGCGCAAGGCUUUCAACAGCAGCAUUGCCGAUUUCCAGGGCGUGCAGUUCCAGUACGCGUCGAUGUACUCUGACAUCCUCGCAGCUAAGCUCAUGGUCUACAAUGCUGCUCGCCUGAAGGAGGCUGGUCAGCCCUUCGUCAUCGAUGCUGCUAUCGCCAAGCUGCGCGCCUCGGAGGUGGCCGAGAAGGUCGCUUCCCUGUGCAUCAACCUGAUGGGAGGUGUGGGCUUCACCAAGGAGUUCCCCGUCGAGAAGUACUUCAGGGACUGCAAGAUCGGACAGAUCUACGAGGGUACGUCCAACAUCCAGCUCCAGACCAUCGCCAAGUACAUCCAGCAGCAGUACAAGUGA